AUGGUUGAAUAUGAGAGAGCACUUACUAUACAACAUAAAAUAUUUCCAAAUGGUCAUUCGGACCUAGGUGAAACUUUAGGUGGAAUUGGUUUGUUAUAUGACAGUAUGGGAAAAUAUAAUCUUGCUUUAGAGAAACAUAUUGAAUGUUUGAUCAUGAGUGAAAAAACACUUCCGAAAGAUCAUGUGCACAUCGCCGAAGCGUUGAAUAAUAUUGGUCUUUGUUAUGACCGUAUGGGCAAAUUCGAAUUGGCACUAGAGUACGACAUUCGCGCAUUAGAAAUGAAACAGCGUCUAUUCUCGCAUGACCACCCGGACAUAGCAACAAGUUUAAACAACAUCGGCUUGGCAUAUUAUAACCAUUAUGAUUUUGAAAAAGCACUUGAUUAUCAUCAACAAUCAUUGGCAAUGAAAGAACGAUGUUUACCCCAUAAUCAUCCUGAAAUAGCUGUGUCCUAUUGCAAUCUUGGUCUUGCUCAUCUGGCUCUAAAUCAUUUUGAUGAAGCACUUAUGUAUUACAUAAAUGAUUUAACAAUAAGUGAAAAAACAUUACCUAGUGAUCAUGCUGAAAUUGGUAUUAGUCAUCAUAACUUAGGUCAAGUGUAUCGAGCAAAAGAAAACGGUAGUGAUUUAGCUCUCAAACAUUACCAAGCAGCUAUAGAUAUCUAUAUGAGAAGUCUACCGCGACAACAUCCAUAUAUUGGUUUUUCAUUAAUUUAUAUAGCUGACGUGUUAUCUGAUAAAAACGACCUAUCGACUGCACUUCAAUCGGCACAAGAAGCGGUAGACAUUCUUCAAGCGACACUUCCUGAAAAUCAUCGACGACUCGCCGAAGCACUGUACAUUUUGGCGAAAAUCUAUCAGAGGCAACAACAACUUGAUGAAGCAUAUGAAUAUGCUUGCCGAGCACGGGAUAUCCAAUUGAAAACGCUAGACAGCAGUAAGGAAGAAGUACGGAAAACACUCGAACUGAUCGAAAGCAUUGAAGCGAGAAAGUUGUGA